AUCCGAUUCAUCUCGCGAGCCUCUGCAUAUGGGUGACUGUGAUUGCGCAUUUCGGGCUUUUGAUCUUCACUCUAAUCGCAUCAAGCUUCUCUAGCAUGCAUCGCUCCAAGCCCAGCCACCACCAUCACUGUUACUCCUUUUGGAGAAAAUAUGGAGUACUGUGCUCAAAGGACGCUAUUUUCAAAAUAAGAUGACGAGGGGGCUGCAUACAAGAGCGCCAGGCACGGGAAGCAUACUGUUACGUCCUGCCAGAAACAUCAAAUAUAUAUCACUAACCAUUCCACGCCGAAGACACAUCUAUCUCGAUCAUCAAUAAUCCAAAAUCUUAACUACCCGUCUGCAUUCAAAGCAUCAACCGUCCAGACGAUUCAAGAUCUUCUGAUACAGCCGUAUAAUAACACCUACAACAUGGCAGCAGUCCAAUCACAUGCAUCACCGGCCAUCCUGAUCCCUUCAGGUCGUACCGACCGUCUAUCGCCAGGCCCAGAAGCCAUUCCUUCCCAACGAACACCCCAAGUACACAUGCCAGCAGCCUCAUACGGGGCUUCCAGUCCGGGUUCAAUCCACACAAACCUCAGUGGUAGCGCUGGCAGCAAUAGCAGCAGCAGUAUCGCCAACGCUCCGUGCCCACCGGCCCUUGAACCUCGAUCACAAGCCCCAUAUCCAUCCUCACCCAACGGUGCAUCAUCAACCCAACCGAACCUCAACACACUCCAAGCCGACACACCACUCGCAAUGCCUCGCGGUCCCUAUUCCUCUCUAAACCAUCCAGACGCCCUAAGCCAACCGCAAAUACCCUCCACUUCCCCUCAACCAGGUCUCGCAGCUUCAUAUUACGACAAGUCGAACAUCUCACUUCCAGACAUCUCCGUCACAUCCUCCAGGCCCAUCGAUCCUGCAGAACUCCCGGCAAAUCUUGCUGGCGAUGGGGGGCUCGCAGGGGAUAGGGGAUUGUUUUCCAGCAGCCCCAACAGCAAGUCUGACAAGUACGUCAAGAAGGGUGCUGAGUUCGUCAAGAAGCAGGUCAGGAAAAAGAUCGAGAAGAAGAUGAACGGAGGCGGCGGUGGUGGCUCGGGAAAGGUGUGGGGCGAUAUUGGCGAUGCUAUCGGCCAAUAUGGUGAAGAUGGGAAUAAUCAGGGGGGCCAGGGCGAUUAUGGAGCACAGGGGAGCGGUGGAGGUGACUAUGGGUAUGGUGAUGCCAGUGGCGGUGGUGCAGAUUAUGGGGCACAGGGCAGCGGCGGUGGUGACUAUGGGUAUGGUGAUGCUAGUGGCGGUGGGGGAGAUUAUGGCUUUGGAACCGGUGAUUACGGCUACGGCGAAGGUGACUACGGUAUGAGUGGUGGUGACUUUGGUGAAAUCGAUUUCGGAGGCGUUGGUGAGGCCAUAGAGGGCGGCGGCGGUGGUGAAGGAUUGGGAGAGGCUAUUGCUGCUAUCUUUGGCGGCUGAGCUGAACCAAGCGGUUCCUAGAUUGCUAACAACACUGACAUGA